CCAAAGUACAAGUGUUCGAUUCCGAAGAGGAGUUAAAGGCGUCUUUGGCGAAAUACACUUCCGAUUUAUCGGAGAAAAUUUGCAAAGAGAGAGAUUCCUUUUCCGUAGUUUUCUCCGGUGGGUCGCUCAUCAAGUGUCUCGGGAAAUUGCUGGAACCUCCUUAUGUUGACUCUGUAGACUGGUCGAAAUGGCACAUUUUCUGGGUGGAUGAGCGUGUAGUUCCGAAGAAUCAUCCCGAUAGCAAUUACUUGCUGGCUUAUGAUGGUUUUCUAUCAAAGGUAUCCAUUUCUGCUGAUAAUGUGUAUGCCAUUAAUGACGUGUUGUCUGCUAAAGGUGCAGCUGAUGAUUAUGAGACCCGUCUCAAGCAUUUGGUCAAAACCAAAAUAGUGCGUAUGUCUGAGGCUAGCGGUUUUCCACAAUUUGAUCUAAUGCUGUUGGGAAUGGGUCCGGAUGGGCAUGUUGCUUCUCUAUUUCCCGGUCACCCGCUUCUCCAGGAGAAAGAGAAGUGGGUUACAUUCAUCGAGGACUCUCCUAAACCUCCUCCAGAAAGGAUCACGUUCACGUUGCCUGUUAUCAACUCUUCUUCAAACAUUGCUCUUGUUGUACCAGGGGCUUCCAAGGCAGAUGCUGUUUAUACAGCAUUGGGAGGUGGCAGUAAAAAUCCCAUUUCCUUGCCUGUGCAAAUGGUUUCACCUGAAGGGGAACUGGUCUGGUUUUUGGAUAAGGGAGCUGCUUCAAAGCUCUAAGCAUUAGCUAAGAAAACGUGCGACUGAAUUCUGUUGUCAAUCAAUUGUUCUCUUUAUGAGUAUUCGGCUAAUGUAAUCUCAACAGUGAUAUUGUGCUUUUGAUGAGGCACUGUGUUUCUUUGUACUAGCAAGCAAUAAAGACUAGUUAUAUACCUUAAGACUUAAGAGACUGUAAUCUGUAGGGUGGGGCUGUUUGGUAUACCGAAAAUAUCGGGGAAAGGAAACAGGAAGAAUAAUACUGUAUAGGAUACUUUUGUUUAUAAAGAAAAAAUGAUAAGAAAUCUUUAAGCAUUAUUCAAAUUUAAC